AUGGCUGAACAAGCAUCACCAGCUCCUUUCAAAGUUAUCCAAGUUUGUUCAGUGGCACCACUUCAUGAGCCAACCAUUUCCACCAUUGUUCCAACCUCUCUUCCACUAACCUUCUUUGACCUCUUAUGGCUGCGCCUUACACCCGUAAAAUGUCUCUACUUCUAUCCCUUCCCCCACCCAAUCUCUUCAUUCCAUCACUCUCUUCUUCCCUCUCUCAAACACUCUCUUUCCCUCACUCUCCAACACUUUCUUCCUUUUGCUGGCACCCUCACAUGGCCCUGUCACUCUCCCAAACCUAUCAUCAACUAUUUACCUGGCGACACUGUUUCCUUCGUUGUUGCUGAAUCCAACAAAAACUUCAACCAUCUUAGCUCCCAGCUCUGUGAAGCAUCACAACGACACGGUUUGGCCCCCGACUUGGCCAUUUCCAAUGAUAAAGCAUCUCUGUUGGCAAUUCAAGUCACUGUGUUCCCAAACGCUGGCUUUUGCAUUGGAAUAAACGCACACCAUGCAGCUUUUGACGGAAAAUCUGCAACCAUGUUCAUGAAAUCAUGGGCCUCGAUAUGCUCUAAACUUAAAAACCCUAAUACAUCUACACCAACACCAUCCUUACCUCAUCAUCUUACUCCUUUCUGUGACAGAUCAUUGAUAAGAGAACCUACUGGAAUUGCUGAAGUGUAUGUUGACACGUGGAUGAAUCAUAAUGGUUCGACUAACCGAAGUCUCAAGCCGUGGGAGGUUGUUACUACAAAGCUAAGUGAUGGACUCAAAGGUUUGUUUGAAUUGACCCCCUCACAGAUUCUAAAGCUCAAACAACAUGCAAACUCUAAGGUGAAAAUGAAUGUUCAUCCGUCAACAUUUUCUGUUACGUGUGCUUAUGUGUUGGCGUGUUUGGUCAAAGUGAGACAAGUGAAGGAAGAUACCGUGGGUUUCAUAUUUUAUAUUGACUGUAGAUCACGCUUGGACCCUCCAAUUCCCGCCACGUAUUUUGGAAACUGCGUUGCAAAACAAAUGGUUGUGGCUUUGACUAAGGAGUUGGUUGGAAAUGAUGGAUUCAUUUGUGCUGUGGAGGGGAUAAGUGAGGCUCUGAAUAGAGUGAAGGAUGAAGGAGUGUUGAAUGGAGCAGAAAGAUGGGUUUCGGAUAUGAAUGAAUUUUUGGAGGGUAGAAUAUCUGUUGUUGGAUCUCCUAGGUUUGAGGUUUACAGUAUUGAUUUUGGGUGUGGAAGGCCAAAGAAGGUGGAUAUCAGUUCAAUAGACGGAGAAGAAGCAUUUUCUCUUAAUGAAAGUAGAGAUAUCCAUGGAGGAGUUGAGAUUGGAUUGACGUUAAGUAAAGCUGAGAUGGAAGAAUUUACUACCCUUUUUAUUCAAGGACUUGAUUCUCUUUAG